CGAGGCAGCUGUACGAGCUCAUGAACUCCCUCGAGUUGCGACCUUUGAUUUGGAGUCUGUGUUGGACACUCCGAGUUCUUCGAGUUGAAUGAAAAAAAAUCUCCAUAGCACCCCACUAUCUAAACGAAAGAUGGAAAACGAAUAUCAGGAUGAAGAAUCAAUUUUGCGUAAUCCCAUAGAAGCCUUUACAUACCAUGAAAGGAUAUUAUGGAUGAUAGAUGAACGAAAUGAUGUUGUGGAAUUUAUGACAAAAAUAACGCGCCUAAGUUUAGAUAUGAGUGAAAUUUUAAAAAAUUCUACUCAAUUACAUGAAGAACAACUAUCAUUUGCAAGUUUGGAAUUGCAAGAAAUAAUAAAAGGUCUUAAUGAUUUAUUUUCAAGAAUACAAAAAUUUGGAUUGAGUAUCGAAGACCAACAAAUGUUUGAAGAAUCUAGUGUGAUACUACCAAGAGAAAUGUCGAAAUAUCCAAUAACAAUAAUAGAUCUAAGCACAAAGAUACAAAAAAUGUUAAUGGAAAAAUUUUUCGAAGGCAAACAAGCAGGCAGUCAAACAGUGGAUGCACUAUAUAGAGAAACAUUGCAAUUAGAAGAAAUAGAAACACGCUUUCGUAAUAUAAUUUUAAGAAUGACAAACGAGGGAAAUCCUUAAAUGUUUAAAAAAAAUUUGGAGAUUGCGCAGUGUCUCCCGCAUGCGGCAUGUCGCCCGCUUAUUCCGGCGUCCCGCUCUUGAUUCCACAGUACACAUACGGAGAAAAUUUUAUAUUAAGUUUUAAUAACAUUUUGAAUCAUAUUUUACUAUUUUUUAAAAUUGUGUUAUUGCAGUGGACCAUCAUAUCUCUAUAGAUUAAUUACGCAACACAACAUAGUAAAAUUUAAAACUAACUUCACCUUAACAACUAUUACAUAUUUGACAUAGUAAAAAUUCGUGAAUCAAAGUUAUUAUCUUUAUUGUGUAAUAUUGUAAAAUUAUUG